GACAUAGAAACAAAAACACCCAAUUUAGGUUCGGGAUCGGGAUUUAGCAGUCUAGUUUACUCGAGAUUUGUUAUUAGAUCCUGUUUCUGUUACAUAACAGUUUAGACAAACGUUUAAAAUGCCUUACUCAGCGAGUAAGUUUGCACGAAUUUGUAAAAGGUGAUCCCGUGGUACGAGAAUUAAGUACAGUCUGGGGUGGGAUACUUUGUUUUGCAAAUUGACAGACCGAAUCAUCACAUGACGGACACCUGUUGCCUUGAGAAAAUAUACCAAGUGCAGUCAUCGAGGAAAACCCCCAGCAACAAGUGACAUAGGAAAUUAGCUGAAAUAUGCACAUCAUGGUGUGAUGUUUUAAAGAUUAUAUUCUGUCUCGGGCAUACGAGGACCAUAAGUGAACCAUAUGCAAGCACAUCAUCUGCAGUGUAACACCUUAAUAGGUAUUUUAAACACAACACGGAGCAAACGAUGGCAUCCGCAGGAUUUUUAUCUAAAUGUUGUUUAGCAUACAAUGUAACAAAAGAUCAUGAUGAUCAGGAGGGACAAACCGCUGGUGAGGUCAUCAAUAUCGUCUCGAUCAUAUUCUGUUCCAUCAGCCUCCUCUUUGUUCUGUUCCUCGUUUGGCCUCGGAAAGAGAAUAACUCUGAAGUGUUCCAGAGUAAAAAUCGAAUCUUAGUAGGACCGAAUCUCAACACCAUCAUCAAGAGUGUAGUGGUGGUCAAUGUGUUGGCUGUUCUUGGUUUACUUAUACGGUCAGCUGUCUGGUUAAGCCACGCCUUCCCAGAUACAAAGAAAACAUGUAUGGAUGUCAGUCACUACUUCUGUCUCAUCAGCAAUGUGUUUAUCCUGUAUUUCUUCACCUGCAAUCAUUUCUGGCAUUUGGUGUAUGCCAUUGAAGCAUAUAUGGUGUCUAACAACAGGGAGCUGACAUCCAGCCUGAAAAUCUUUGUGGGAUUCUUUAUCCCAGGGAUUUUGAUGGGAUCUGCUGCUGUAUUGGUGUACUAUCAAGGUUUCCAACAGUGUUUCAGACUGACCACUACAAAAUCGGCCAUUGUAUACAUCCUCUUUCUGUUGCCGAUUGUCAUGGUGAUGAUCUGCAAUCCAGUCAUAUUCUACCAGGCUGGAAAAUCAGCAAAGCGUGCCCUGAUCUGGCACUACGGCCGGUACACCUCAUCUGAGAGGAAGUUAGUGGACGCCAUUCACACUAAGUUCUACCUCAUUGUGAUUGUGUACUUUAUUUGCUGGUUCCCUAACCUGGUUAAUGCUGGCUUACUGUUGAAGUCUAAGGCUGCAGCUACAACGUUCAUUCCUGACGAGAAGAGCAUCCUGGCUUUCUUCAUUCUCAUGGCAGUGACCAAUCCCCUGCAGGCUGUCUUAGCCACGCUGGUGUUCUGGGGAGUUCCCAGCAGCCAGCAACUGCGACUGAAUAUCUUCCACUCCGCUGUUGAAACCACUGAUUCAAACAGAUCAAGCACAUCCAUUAUAAACCGUUCAGGUCUCUCUGGCCGCAGCACAGGAAGUGAAACAGAACCACUGAUCAGCUUCAGACAAAAGUCGUAUUUGUAAUGUCUAUUAUUUCGAAGAAGUCGCUCAUGAGACCAGUUAUGUUGUUAUAAUGGAAACUCAGCUGACACUACCACUGAAGUGUCACUUGAUCUCAGAAAUGUUCACUGCAAAAAACAUUCAACAGUAGAAAAAAAUAUAUAACCAGAAGUUGUAACUAUGGCUAUUACAUGAUGUCACUUUGAUAAUAGGUUGAGCUGCGGAAUUCCUGGACAUUUUUUUACUAUCGAUUUUUUGAUGCAUUUAGCUUAUUUUUUUGUCAAUGGUUUGUAGUGUAAGCUUUAGUAAAUUCUUUUGCUUCAUCAUGCACAUUACUGCCAGUUGUUAUGUGUCAUACUUCAGGUGUGCACACAUUUCAAUGGAUGAGCAACUACGGAAUCUGAUCAAUUUUUUAUGACUGUAUGAUAUCUUUACAUUUAUUCAUUGACAAAUCUCACAGACUCGUGAUGUUUCACAGUUAUUAUAUCGAACAUUAGACCAUUGUUAGCUGUCAGACAGGGACUGCAUGUACUUCAUUACGUAAAAGACUGAGAACUGUGUUGUGAUUUGAUCUGAAGUUGUAUGCAUUCUAUAAAGAACUAUCAUGUGUGACAAUGAAUGUUUUCUACCCUCUAAAGCACAUUCCAAGAUAGAACUAUGUAAUUGGGAUAUAAAACUGAAGAAUACUUGUUGCAAUGUUUUUUCUUAUCACUACAUCAUUUAUUUGAUAAUGACACCACAAAAAUUAUGUACAUGUAUUAUACAUUAGGUCCCCAACACCAGAGCAGGGUUACAGAAAGGUUUUAGUUUUGUGUGGGAGGAUGUCCGAGAAAGUUUUUUUUUUUUUCGAGUUCUCACGAGCAAUACUAUUUGUCAAAAUGACCAGAAACCGUAGGUUUUGUUUACUGGAAAUUUCUUCAGACUGUUAAAAAGUAAAUAGUACAUUUUGAUUUUGAAACAGAUAAGUACAAAUUCUAUAUUCUGAAUGAUAUACUGCAAAUUCUGUUAUAAUUUGUCAAAAUAGAGAUGCAGCCUCGUGUAGCUAGAUGCAGAGAUUGAAACCCAAACUUGGCAUCAAAAUAGAAGUUCAACUUAAAAAUCUUCUAUGGAACAACAAAUCUACUAUUUUUCGAGAUGAAAUGCAAACACUUUUGUGCAGUGAACAUUCCAGUGUGCCUAUAGAAAGCUCUUAAUAUCACAAUAGGACAUGAAAUCUUCUAGUCACAAUACUACACCAGUUGUUUGAUGGCAGACAGGGCUUCGGUAAGAUAUGGAACCUCAAUAAUUUAACUCCAACGUUUUUGAAAAUAAUCAUGUCUGCAAGAAGAAAGUGACUCGGAUGAGCAUUUUGGUCCACAGACUUUGUUUUUAAAGCUUUUAUAAAAUAUCUAGUUCACCAAGAGCUUUAGGUGUAGCCAUGUGCAUACAUUAAACUGAAUAAUUGCAAUAUCAAAGCCUUCAAUCAUUAAUGUCGAUAACAUGAUAAUAUGUGUAUUUAGUCUUAUAUGAUAUAUCAUUAUAUUUGAUGAUAUAUGUGUAUUUAUUUAUAUGAUAUAUCAUUAUAGCUGAUGAUAUGUGUAUUUAUAUAUCUGACAGCUAUUGAUAUGUAUAUUGAUGUAUCUCAUUCUUAAUGUUAAUGUGUGUUUAAAGUUAUAUAUCUCAUUAUUGUAGAUUUAAUUUAUACAAAAUAAUGUAUGACAUUGUGGAAAUAUAUAUUUAAAGUUCAUAAACAAAAUAACUCGGUGAA